UCUUUGCAAAUUUCAUAUAAGAACAUUGAUAAUCAAGAAAGCAAUUGGUGGCUUCUCCCUUGUCAAGCUUGCAGGGUAUAGCUUCAAAAAUCUGAUGAUUAAAGAGUUGUCUAUGCUUCUUAACUAUAAGCACCACAGCCGCAAGCAGUCACAGACCGCCGAAGCAGCCGUGCCUUGUCGCCGGUGUCAUCUCGACCACGGAUCACGUGUCUCCGAGAAACGACGCAUCAUCUCGCCGACUCGACUGCCGACUUUUGGUCAACCAUUCUCAGAAUUUUCAGCCGGAGUGACCAUCAAUCCACCCUCGCCGUCAACAUAAAGCGUGGCUUCCCACUCCUCAUCUUCGCAAGUAGCGUUGUUUGUCCUUGAACAACUACUGUACCAGUCAUAUAGUUUCUAAUUGCCACAAUUAUCAGAGUAGGGUUCUGGGCAUUUCAAGCGCCUUUGCCUAUUAAUUAUGGCCUCGUCCAGACAAUUUAAAUUAGCGAAGGAGAGUGAGCUCAGAGUCGAGGUUGGCCCUGACAUGCCCCUUCGCAUUCGCCUCCUCUUUGGCACAGCUGAAAUAUUCGGUACUGAGUUGCCUCCUAGCAAUUGGCUCUCCAUCUCACCAUGCAGCAAAAUCACAGUGUUCACUUGGAACGGCGCCACCAUCGAGUUGGAUGGAGUCAGCGAAGUGGAGUAUGUGGCAGAUGAGACACCCAUGGUGAGCUACGUGAAUGCUCAUGCCAUACUUGAUGCAAGAAGAGCUCAAGCAAAGGCAUCACAUAGUAACAAUGUGGACUCUCUGCAGGGUCCUAGGGUGAUUGUUGUGGGACCCACAGAUUCUGGGAAGAGUAGCUUGUGCAAAAUGCUUCUAAGCUGGGCUUGUAAACAAGGAUGGAAACCGACCUAUGUGGAUUUGGAUAUUGGUCAGGGCUACAUAACUAUUCCUGGCUGCAUAGCUGCUACUCCAGUUGAGAUGCCUAUAGAUGCAGUGGAAGGAAUUCCUCUAGAAAUGCCUAUUGUGUAUUUUUAUGGGCACACAUCUCCUACUGCAAAUGGUGAUCUUUAUAAAGUGUUUGUGAAGGAGUUGGCUAGAACCCUAGAGAGGCAGUUCUCUGGAAAUGCUGAAGCUAGAGCUGUAGGCAUGGUGAUUAAUACUAUGGGAUGGGUGGAAGGCCUUGGUUAUGAGUUACUUCUCAAUGCUAUUGAUACAUUUAAUUGUGAUGUGGUUCUAGUCUUGGGCCAGGAAAAACUUUGCAGCAUGCUUAAAGAAGUUUUAAAAACCAAGCCUAAAGUAGAUGUUGUGAAACUCCAUAAAUCUGGAGGGAUAGUUAUGAGGAAUCAAAAAGUACGCCAAAAGGCUAGGAGUUUGAAAAUCAGAGAAUACUUCUAUGGGCCUAUAAAUGAUCUCUCCCCACAUUCAAAUAUUGUCAACUUUAGUGACAUUUCUGUUUAUAGAAUUGGUGGUGGCCCACAGGCUCCUUGUUCUGCACUGCCUAUUGGUGCGGAACCUGUAGCCGACCCUACUCGACUAGUUGCUAUUAACAUAAAUCGUGACUUACUCCAUCUUGUUCUAGCUAUUUCAUCUGCAAAGGAGCCUGAUCAGAUUAUAUCCAGAUAAAGGUAAAGGAAAGAUGGACUAGCGGAGGCUGGAGGACAAUGCUACGAAGAUGUGUGUGGGCAGGAACUUGGGAUAGAGAUCUAAGGAAGUUUAGCAAGCUUGGUUUAAGCAUUAAAACCUUUCAGUAUUUUAUCAAUUGCACUUUAGUAUGAUAAUUGCUACGAAUUAGUUAACCAUGCACAUUAUUAUGCUUAGAACAUUGUUUUUAUAAUGUUAGAAUGUUAGUUGUUAUUGUUA